CCUGCCUGCGAGUCUCGCGAUAUUGCUCGGUUGUGUAUAUUGUUCAGGAUGUCCUAGAAGGGGAAAAUGGGCUAGUAUACGCAAUUCGUCCUUCUAAUCAAAAGACAUACGAUGCUUGUAAUUUGUGUUCUUGUUCUUGUGGGUUUAACUCAGCAACUUACUCAAGCUUCAGAAGCACCAUCUAUCAUAACACACCCACAAAAUACAACAGCAAAGGAAUGGGAAACCRUUACAKUMCACUGCAAUGUUAGUGGCAAUCCAGAACCUACCGUUACGUGGUGGAARGACAAUCAACUCCUUUCUAUAUCAGGAAGACUGACYCAAGACAGCAGUAAUAGUUUAACAAUAACAAACAUCACUAGAGYUGAUAAAGGUUUCUACUAUUGUAACRGUACUAACAAUGKCAGCUCUACMGUGUCAMAUUCGGCGUACAUCACGGUUAACUAUCCACCRUCGAUCAAAUCUGCACCAAGCAAUGUUACCAAGAUCGAAAAACAAAGUGCAACUUUCAAUUGUGAUAUAGACGCCGGCAWCCCAAUAUCCACAGUAACGUGGUUGUACGAAGGUGCACUUAUCAAUACAAAUGAUGGCUCCAUGAAGUACAGUGUUAUUACCCCUUCGCCAACAAGCGAUAAUGUUAUAUCGGCAUCUUUAACGAUAAAUAAUUUGACGAGAGAUGAAGCGGGGACUUACCAAUGUAAAGCUAACAACAGCCUCAAUAAUGCAGAAUCCGAUCGUGCUUUCUUGGUUGUACAGUAUCCACCAUCGAUCGAAGCUUCACCACAGAAUGUUACCAAGAACGAGAGUCAAUCUGUGACUUUCACGUGCACAGUGUCGGGCAAUCCAAUCCCACAGAUAACAUGGUGGUACAACAAUGUAAAGAUCAACACAAUUGAUAGCGCCAAGUACAGUGUUAGUGGCCCUUCCUCAGCAAGCAGUAGCCAGGCAUCUUUAACGAUAAAUAAUUUGAAGAGAGAUGAAGCGGGGUCUUAUCAGUGUAAAGCUAACAACAGCCUCGGUAACGCUGAAUCUAAUCGUGCUUUCUUGGUUGUACAAUUUUUAGGUCAGCCAAUGCUUACAAAGCAGCCAUCUUCAGACGAACCUGUAGAAAACAGCAAGUUUACUCUCACUUGCAUAGCUGAGGGCUUACCAGUCCCAAGUAUUUCCUGGUAUCGUGAUAGUCAACCCUUCGAAUCACUAGCGCCUAAUGUAACAACAAAUCUAACAAGCAUUACAAGCCAACUAAUAUUCAAUAACAUAAAACGCGGUGAUAAAGGCAAAUAUUCCUGUAGAGCUUCAAAUAUCGCUGGCACAAAAAAUUCUUCUGAAGUCACUUUUGAUGUUCACUAUAAACCUGAGAUCUUCGUCAACCCAAGAAAUGAAACAAGAAAUGAAGGAGAAAAUGUAACAUUGUGGUGUGAGUUAAAUACCGGCAACCCACCCGCAGAAAUAACAUGGAAGAAAGAUGGUAAUCCCAUAGGAAGUGAUGGUAGAAGAUCUAUUACUAAACCAAGUGUUGCUGGACUUCGUGCCAACACUACCCUGACUAUCAAGAAUGUCAACAGAGAUGAUAAAGGAACGUAUACCUGUAACGCAUCCAAUAUCGUUGAUAACAAUGUGGAAUCUCUUUAUAGUGCUGGCUACCUGGAAGUCAACUAUCCUGCUAGAGUAUUAGUUUCCCCAAAAAAUCAGACUCUGAUCGAGAAUUCAAACGUUACGUUCUCCUGUUACGUGGAAGGGAACCCUGYACCUCAAGUGACGUGGUUUUGGGAUGGAAAAACACUCGCUAASUCAGGCAAAUAUAUGAUAACACAGCCAACGUCAGAAACCAAAUCAAGCUCAUCUUUGACUAUCAUCAAUGCGAAUCGCACAGAUGAAGGACACUAUUACUGUAAUGCUACAAAUGUACUGGGAACUGGUCAGUCCACAAGAGGAUUGCUAACAAUUCACCAUGGUGCUAAUAUCACAAGUACUCCCAAAAAUGAAACAAGAAAUGAAGGGAAGACUGUAACAUUUGUGUGUAAGUUUGAGGGAAAUCCAGAGCCAACAGUAUCUUGGAAAAGCAUUGGAAAAGAUUUGUCAAAUAAUAGAAUUAAUAUCACCACAUUAAAUGGUGGUGGACAAGGCAACUCUACUUUGACCAUCACAGAAAUCAAAAGGGAUGAUGAAGGGACAUAUACAUGCUCUGUAAAUAAUGCAAAUGGUACAGAUGAAUCAUCAUUCUACUUGACUGUCAACUAUGCACCAAAGAUUCUCAAACCACCAUCUGCAGUCACCAAGACAGAGACAGAAAAUGUUGAAAUCUCCUGCCAGUUUGAGAGCAAACCUAUGGCUAAUUCAGUGGAUUGGUUUGUAGAUGAAAAGAAACUUGACCUCAACUCCAAUUCCAGUUCUAACAGACUAAAAGUUGUUCAAACAGGAGAUGUUAAAAAUGCCACAUCUUCACUUACCAUCAACAAUCUGAACAGAACAGAUGAGGGCAACUACACAUGUGUUGUCAGCAACAUUGUCAAAUCAAAUGUUGCUUCUGCUGCAGCAAUGCUAAUUGUCCACUAUCGUUCCAAGAUCCUCACCAAUCCAAGUAAUGAGACCAGAAAUGAAGGACAGAGAGUAACAUUGUGGUGUGCGUACGAGGGAAAUCCACCACCAACUGUAGCAUGGACAAAAGAUGAUACAUCAUUGUCCAACAAUAAUAUCAACAUAAGUACCAACGCCUAUGGUAAGGGACAAUACAACUCUACUCUGACCAUCAGCGAUCUCAAAAGGGGCGAUGAAGGGACAUAUAGAUGCACAGUAAACAAUACAAAUGGAAAAGAUGAAUCAAACCGUAAUGCUGGAUUCGUAAAUGUUCAAUUUAAGCCUGAGAUCUUCGUGAAUCCAAGAAAUGAAACAAGAAAUGAAGGGCAAAGUGUAACAUUGUGGUGUGAAUUGAAUGCCGGGGAUCCAUCAGCAGAAAUAACUUGGAUGAAAAAUGGAACGGCCAUAAAAAGUGAUAACAGAAGACCUAUUACCAGUGUGGGUGGACUUCGUGUUAACACUACUUUGACUGUCAAAAAUAUUACCAGGGAAGAUGAAGGAAACUAUACUUGUAGAGCAGAUAAUCAAGUUGGCAAUGUGGUAUCGCUUAAUGGAUUCUUGGAUGUUGACUAUGGUGCUAAGGUGUUAGUUUCGCCAAAGAGUCGGACCAUCAUCGAGCAUUCCAGUACUACAUUGCUUUGUUACGUUGAAGGAGAACCAAAAUCUCAAGUGACGUGGCAUUUUGAUGGAAAAACACUCGCUAACAAACCUGGCAAAUAUGUGAUAACACAGCCGUCUUUAAUAACCAACUCAAGCUCAUCUUUGACUAUCAUCAACGCGAAUCGCACAGAUGAAGGACACUAUUACUGUAAUGCUACAAAUGAGUUAGGAAGCGAUGAAUCUACAAAAGCAUCACUAACAAUUCACUACCCUCCCAAGAUCCUCACCAAUCCAAGUAAUGAAACCAGAAAUGAAGGACAGAGCGUAACAUUGUGGUGUGUGUACGAAGGAAAGCCGCAACCAACUGUAACUUGGACAAAAGAUGGAGCAACAGUGUCAAGUAAUAAUAAAAACAAAAUAAGUACAACCUCCAAAGGUGGGGGACAAUACAACUCUACUUUGUCCAUCAGCGAUCUCAAAAGGGAUGAUGAAGGGACAUAUAGAUGCACAGUAAACAAUACAAAUGGUACAGAUGUAUCUCUUCCUAAUGCUGGCUACUUAAAUGUUAACUAUAUGCAUGGCAUCUUUGUCGACCCAARAAAUGAAACAAGAAAAGAAGGACAGAGUGUAACACUUUGGUGUGAAUUGGAUGGAGACCCAUUACCAACUAUAACAUGGAUGAAAAAUGGAACCUCAAUACAAAGUACUGCUAGAAGAUCCAUUGUCAAACCAAGUGUUGUUGGACGUGCCAACACUUCCCUGACUAUCAAAAAUAUCACCAGGGAUGAUCAAGGGACCUACAAAUGUUCAGCAGUUAAUGUAGCUGGUACAGUGGUAUCUAGUCCUAGUGCAGGUUACCUAGAAGUUAUUUAUGGUGCUAGAGUGUUGCUUUCACCAAAAAGUCGUAUCAUUAUGGAGCAUUCCCGUAUUACGUUGUAUUGCUAUGUGGAAGGAGAACCAAUAUCUCAAGUGACGUGGCUUUGGGAUGGAAAAACACUCGCUAACAUGUCUGGCAAAUAUGUGAUAACACAGCCUUCGCUAAUAACCAACUCAAGCUCAUCUUUGACUGUCAUCAAUGCGAAACGCACGGAUAAAGGACAAUAUUACUGUAAUGCUACAAAUAAUCAGGGAAGCGAUGAAUCUAAAAAAGCAGUAUUAACAAUUCACUAUGCUGCUAAGAUCCUCACCAAUCCAAGUAAUGAAAUAAGAAAUGAAGGACAGAGCGUAACAUUGUGGUGUGUGUACGAGGGAAAUCCACAACCAACACUAACCUGGACAAAAGAUGGAACAACAGUGUCAAGUAAUAAUAAAAACAAAAUAAGUACCACCUCCAAAGGUGAGGGGCAAUACAACUCUACUUUGUCCAUCAGCGAUCUCAAAAGGGAUGAUCAAGGGACAUACACAUGCAGAGUAAACAACACAUAUGCCACAAAUGAGUCAUCUUCCCGUUUAACAGUUAACUAUCCUGCCGAGAAUGUAAUUGUCGAGUUAGAAGGUUCGCAAGUCGUCCUUUUCAAUGAACCAUUCACAUUGAAAUGCAUUGGUUAUGGACGGCCUCUUCCCAACAGUUUCCCAUGGUAUAAAAACAAGCUUAGAAUCGCUGGAGCUUCUGAUAAAGAACUACGUGUUGAUAAAGCAACGCUUGAAGAUGGCGGGAAUUAUGUGUGUUAUGCAUAUAAUGGAAUCGGCAACAGAACUAAAAGCUCCAAUUCUAUUUUAAUCACUGUGAACAAAACUGAACCCAUACCGACCGUUGACCCGCCUACAACCGAAACAACGAUCACUAUUGAUGUCAGCAACAACGAAUUCACCAAGCAUGGAAAGAAAAUAUGGUAACUGUAAUGUGUCAUUGUAUUUUGCGCGACUAUUUUAUUUUUCGCACCGAUAUGGGCGAAUAAUCUGUUUACAUUUCGGUUCAUUAACAUAUCAUUAGCAUAAGGAUAUAACGUUUUAACCUAACUAUCAGUAAAUCAGCACUGAAUAUUGAAACAACAUAGCACAAUAAGCUUUCCACGCAAUUUUGAGCUUCUGAUAUGGAAUACCAGUAGUUAUAAUAGGCCGAUUCUGGCGCUUUUUUUAAAUCCGCCCACACGGCUAGCCACUCGAUUUUUUUAAAUCCGCCCAAACGGCUAGCAGCCCGAUUUUUGGUUAAAAAACGCGAUUUUGGGUAAAAAUUACCACUACUUGGGAGUUAAUAAUAGAGCGUCUAUUUUAAUAAAGGUUCGCUCUUGUGAAUAAGUUUUAUAUCUAUUAUAUAUAAUGAGUCGCGUGAAUGACGAAUUUCAGUUACUUAUGGACA